GUUGGUGUACAUAACAUGUGAUAUGUGCAGGUAGAUACACCUUUAUUAUUAUGAGCUAAUGAGAAGUAAUUAAUUCGUUGGACCCAUUCGUCGUUACUUGCACCUCCUCCUAAUCCUGAUUCCUCUUCCUUCGUCGAGAUCACACACUCACUGUGAUAGGGCUAACCAAUCGAGAAAAUUCAAUCAACCAAAUCAGAUCAGCGGUCGGCAUCUCGCCGGAAACAGAUCUCCGUCUCACGAAUUCCAGCUCCGAUUUUAUCUGUCCCAUGUUUCUAUAACGGCAUAUGCAGAAACAAGGCUGGUGCAUUACAAUCAUCUUUAAGGAAUGAAAACAGCCGUUGAACUAAAUUUUCACCUCGUACCUGCACAAAUCUCCUGGACACGAGUUGAUUGAUUUUUGGAUUUGAGGGAAUUACAUUGUAAUAUAGGGAGGUGGAGCCAUUUGGAUCACCAAGUGACUUACAAUGAUGAUCAGCAAAGAGCUUUUAUUGACUUACUUUUAUCUCCUUGUCUAUAUUGUGCUUUCGUCAGGAGUUAUCUUGUAUAACAAGUGGGUACUUUCACCAAAAUAUUUCAAUUUUCCACUCCCAAUUACACUUACCAUGAUACAUAUGGGAUUUUCAGGCUUAGUGGCUUUCUUUCUUAUCCGUGUCUUCAAGGUUGUGUCGCCUGUCAAGAUGACUCUUGAAAUAUAUGCAACGUGUGUUAUUCCAAUCAGUGCUUUCUUUGCUGCAAGUCUUUGGUUUGGCAACACCGCAUAUCUAUUCAUUUCUGUGGCCUUCAUCCAGAUGCUCAAAGCUCUGAUGCCGGUGGCCACCUUUGUCAUGGCUGUUAUUUGUGGAACUGACAAACUAAGAUGCGAUGUAUUCUUGAACAUGUUUUUGGUCAGUGUUGGUGUUGUAAUAUCAUCCUAUGGGGAAAUUCACUUCAACGUAGUGGGUACAGUUUACCAGGUGACUGGGAUAUUUGCUGAGGCUCUUAGGCUGGUGUUAACUCAAGUUCUUCUCCAGAAGAAGGGAUUAACACUCAAUCCUAUCACCAGUUUAUAUUACAUAGCUCCAUGCAGCUUCGUCUUUCUUUUUAUCCCCUGGUAUCUUUUGGAGAAACCUGAAAUGGAAGUCUCACAGAUCCAAUUCAAUUUUUGGAUUUUCUUUUCAAAUGCACUUUGUGCACUUGCUUUGAAUUUCUCAAUUUUCUUAGUGAUUGGUAGAACUGGUGCUGUAACCAUUCGAGUGGCUGGUGUCUUGAAAGAUUGGAUAUUAAUUUCCCUUUCAACUUUAAUUUUUCCGGAGUCAACGAUUACCACUCUUAACAUUACAGGCUAUGCCAUAGCAUUAUGUGGUGUCGUGAUGUAUAACUACUUGAAGAUCAAGGACGUACGAGCAUCCCAGCUUCCUGUAGAUACUAUUAUAGAUCGAACAGCUAAGGAGCUUAAGAUGGAGAAGAAGUCAUCUGAUCUGUACUUGCCAGAAGAUAAUGCUGAUCUUGGGGGAAACCGUACAAAGAAUGGUUCUUCAGAUCCAACAGUGGAUGAGGAAGCACCUUUAAUACCAUCAACUAGAAUCUCUCAUCUUGGGCGAAGCAACCUCUCAUCGUGAGCAUUAUAAGUUUCUUAAAAUGUCAUUUUUGAUGCAGUUUCAGUUGUCAGAUUAUAGAUCAAACGGAUUGAAGAGAGCAGGUCUUGUGUAUACACCCCCCACCAUUUUGCUAGUUGCUGCAUUUCUUUGCAAAGUGCUUACUGCUAUUAAACACUAGUAAGGUCAUAUGUUGUAAUAUUUUAGGGCUAUUGACAUUCAACGAACUAUUAUUCUUUUAUUCACAUUAUACACUCAACCAUAUAUGCAUAUUGUGAUCAUACAUUCAAUUGGGUCGUGCCUCGGCAAUCUAGAGUUUGAAUGUGUUUCA